UGAGGAAGGGUUGGUUUGCGGAAGUUAUUGAGCCAGCAUGUCGUCUACGAAAGAAUAGCGUCGAUAUCUUUUUUAAAAAGUUGAUAUUAUGCACGGUUUUACGCUAUUCGAGCCCACACACGCUAACUAGGGCCAGUGAUUCUCUCGUCUGCUCAGCGCUUUAUACCCGUACCUGGUGUUAAAAUUUCACAAAUCAUGUCCAAAUCAACGAGAUGGAGCCCAAAAGAAAAAGAGUCAAAACAUCUGCCGAUAUAUCAACACAAAAAGAAACUGGUUCGGGCUGUUAAAAACAGUACUUUCCUGGUUGUCACCGGCGAGACUGGCAGCGGGAAAACUACACAACUUCCACAAUAUCUGCAUGAAGCAGGUUUUUGUAAAGAUGGCAAAAUUGGCAUCACCCAACCCCGUCGAGUGGCUGCCAUCACAGUGGCCCAGAGGGUCGCCCAGGAGAUGCAGUGCACUCUGGGAAAGGAGGUUGGCUACCAAGUACGCUUUGAUGACUGCACAUCAGAGGACACUGUGGUGAAGUACAUGACAGAUGGCUGUUUGCUCAGAGAGGUCCUGGCAGACCCUGCUCUGUCUCAGUACAGUGUUGUAAUCUUGGAUGAAGUUCACGAACGCAGUCUCAACACAGACAUUCUUCUGGGUUUGCUGAAGAAAGUAUUCUCCAACCCCGCUAAGGCCACCAAGGGACGAUCUUUCCCUCUGAAGGUGGUGGUGAUGUCCGCCACUUUGGAAACUGACAAACUGUCCGCUUUUCUCAGCGACUGCCCCGUCUUUUCUAUUCCCGGGAGGACUUUUCCUGUGACCUCCACGUUUGGCUCGGCUGUGGGGCCUAAAGACACAGAAAGCACUGGCUAUGUGAAAGAGGUGGUUAAAGUGGCCCUGGACGUGCACACCAGUGAAAUGGCUGGGGAUAUUCUGGUGUUUUUGACAGGUCAGUCAGAGAUUGAGCGUGCCUGUGACUUGAUGUUUGAAAAAGCGGAGUCUAUUGAUUAUCGCUAUGAUGUACAGGACCAAACGGUGGAGGGCCUCCUAAUUUUGCCCCUUUAUGGAUCCAUGCCCACUGAUCAACAGAGGCAGAUUUUUCAGCCGCCGCCCCCAGGGAUCAGGAAAUGUGUAGUGGCCACUAACAUUGCAGCAACGUCUCUCACCAUCAAUGGCAUAAAGUACAUCAUAGAUAGCGGGUUUGUGAAGCAACUCAACCACAACUCAAGGGUGGGCAUGGAUAUCUUGGAGGUUGUUCCUAUUUCAAAGAGUGAGGCUCAGCAGAGAGCGGGCAGAGCUGGAAGAACUUCGGCCGGGAAAUGUUUUCGAAUCUACAACAAGGAAUUCUGGGAGAAGUGCAUGUCUGAGUAUACUAUUCCAGAGAUCCAGAGGACAAGCUUGACUGCAGUGAUACUCACACUCAAGUGUCUGGGUGUUCAUGAUGUAAUUAGGUUUCCUUAUCUGGAUCGCCCAGAGGAGAGGUUUAUUCUAGAGGCACUAAAACAACUCUAUCAGUUUGAUGCCAUAGACAGGAGAGGUAGAGUGACAAGGUUGGGGGAGCUCAUGGUGGAGUUCCCUCUACAACCAGGCCUCACCAGGGCGUUGCUCAAAGCUGCCUCGCUUGGCUGCCAGGACCUGCUGCUCCCUGUGGCCGCCAUGCUGUCUGUGGAGAACAUCUUCAUCAGGCCAGGACACCCUGAGAAGCAGAAAGAGGCAGAUGAGAAGCACAGAGAGCUGGCUGCAAAGACUGGCAGUAUGAACGACUUCGCCACACUCCUCAGUGUGUUUCAGUCAUGUAAAUCCAGUGACAGACCCUCAGCGUGGUGUAAGGAAAACUGGAUCCACUGGAGGGCGCUGAAGUCAGCAUUUAGUGUGGAGACUCAGCUGAGAGAGAUCUUGAACCGCCUCCAGGAGAAAAGAGAUUUCCCGGCUGAAACGUUUGAUGGCAACAAAAGCGAACUUUUCAGACGAUGCCUAUGCACAGGAUACUUUACCAACGUUGCCAGAAGGUCUGUUGGGAAGGUGUUUUGCACAAUGGAUGGCCAUGGGUCUAUGGUUCAUGUUCAUCCAUCAUCAUCGCUUUUUGACCAGGAGGCAGAGCUCAACUGGAUCAUUUUCCACGAUGUGCUGGUUACCUCUCGGGUAUACAUCAGGACCGUGUGUCCUAUCCGAUACGAGUGGGUGAAGGAUUUAUUGCCGAAACUCCAUGAAGUGGAUGUCUAUGAACUGAGCAGUGUGGCAAGAGAAGAAGUUACUGAUGAGGAGAUGAUAAAAUGGGAGGCCAAGGAAGCAGCCAAAAGACAACCGGAGGUUUCUGCUGAGGAUGUCAUGAAGAAGCUGGAGAAACGAAACGACGAAGCCUCUGUCAGUGACGCUCGUGCUCGCUACCUUCAACGAAAACAGCAAAGACAACAAAAUACACCUCUUUGACAGAAAGCAUUUGGUUUCCCUAAUCCGACCCUUGUAUUACCAGUCAGCAGUUUUAUAAACUCCACCUGAAUAAUAAACAUAUGUUAUAUUUUUA